ACAAAGCCCAGCAGUAGACUGUGAGAGGUAACUGGCUACCGUGAAUUCUACACAGACCUAGAUUUGUAUCACCUCAACAUGAGUGAAUUCACUGGAAGCAGGAUUCCAUCACCCUGUUGAGCUGAGAAGUGUGAGCCAUAAGACAAAAGGCCUGCAAGACUGGGUCCAACCCCCAGUCAAUAUGGGGAGCCAAUCUGCAUAUGAAGCUAUUGUUGUUACAGUCAACCACAACAUCACUGUUGUAGGAAAAUUAUGGCUGCUCAUUAUGGUUUUCCUGCGUGUUGUCAUCCUCAUCUUUGCUGGAUACCCACUCUAUCUGGAUGAGCAGGACAGAUUUGUUUGCAACACAAUUCAACCAGGCUGCUCAAAUGUGUGUUAUGAUCUUUUUGCUCCAUUCUCUCUCUUCCGUUUCUGGCUGUUUCAGUUUACCAUCCUCUGUCUGCCAUAUGUGACAUUUGUUGCCUACAUCAUUCACAAAGUGCUAUCAGAUUAUGUUGUUUUCUCUGACACUACUUCACACAAGAUGAAAUCCAUUGAAAUCCAGCAGGGAUCUACCCAGAAAGGAGCCCUGCGCAAGGCAAGUCACAUUCAAGCAGAGCUCAGCAUGUUGAGGAACUUCAAUGGAGCUUACAUCCUCCAGCUGCUCCUGCGGAUUUUUUUGGAGGCAGGAUUUGGGGCAGCCCACUACUAUCUAUUCGGUUUUUACAUUCCCAAGCGCUUCUUGUGCCAGCAAUCACCUUGUACAACUACAGUGGACUGCUAUGUCUCCAGACCCACAGAGAAAACUGUCAUGCUGAACUUCAUGUUGGGGACAACUGCCCUUUCCCUUCUUCUCAAUAUUUUGGACAUGAUCUGUGCCAUUAAGCGCUCAGUGAGGCAGAAGUCCAAAAGGAGGAUGCUAGUGCGGAAUAUGUAUGAGGAGCAGCAGUUUUACCUCUCACCGGCAGAAAGCCACGGAGCCAUUGAUGCUAAUGUGUCCACAGUGGAGGAAAUGGUGGCUUCAGUAGCAAAUGGAAGUUUCAGGAAAAGAGGGAUGAGUAGGUCCAGCAGGGAUGAUGGUGUGUCAGCACAUCUGGAGGAUCCUCCUUGUGGUCGAGGAACACCUCUUGUUCCCAUGCUGGGUCCUGUGAAUGCUAACAGUGGGGAAAAUGACUACCUAACACCCACUCAGGGAGAAUGCCCUGAGAGAGAGGGCAGUGAUGUGGCACUGUGUCCUACAGAGCAAAUUGGUACGCCCAGGCCCAUCCGGGUCAGUAAACGGAGCCGUCUUAAACCACCCCCACCACCCAGACGGGAUUCUGUCGAUGUGGUAACAGCAGCUACUGCAGUCUGUACCAGAAGAGUAGGACACUACACAUUGGUAGAGAUGAGUGGCCCCGACAUGCCCUCAAACAGUAGUGACAACCAGGAGAAGAAGUCGGAGUGGGUCUGACAGAGAGACAUAAAUACAAAACAAAUCAGAAUGCAAACCCAUUCUCUGUGUUCUCUG